CUUUGAUUCACACGCAACAAUCAUAAGACGGUUCCCAUGGUGCUGUGCCGCCCCAUGCAUGCUCAAGCAUUCUUCAUCCCAGAAAAACCCGAGCUCUUUUAGACCUACAAAAACAUGGAUCGAGAGGCAAUACGAUCCACAUCGAACUUAGAUUAAUCUACAGUGGAGCGGGACGAUGUUGAGCACGAGCAAUAGGUCGCUCUCGCUUCCUUUGACCCCUGUGUGCACGACGUUCGCCGGUGGCGAGGAGGACGGCGCGUUCACGGAGAAACAGCGCAAGUAUCCCAUCAAGAUGAGGCGGCGCAUAUGCGCGAGCUGCGGGCUGCGCCGCACGGAGCACCGCGCCGACGCCGGCGUCGGGGACGAGCACCACCUGCCGCCGCGCAAGCGUCUCCUGCUCAGGCGCGGAUGUGCAAAAGAGGAGGAGCCGCAGCCGGAGCCGGAGGAGGAGGUGGAGACCUGGAGCGGCGACGCGAUCAUCGUCACAAGGGGGAAGAGAGCCCCGCGGAAGAAGCGCGACAACGCGCCUUGAGCGGCUUGAGCUCUCGGGGUCGUAUC